UAAAGUAAAAUAAGUUUUAGCAAUACAUUUUUACUUCCAGCGUCAUCCAUCAUGAAACUCAGCUAUUUUGAUAUAAAAGCACGUGCUCAGCCAAUUAGAUACCUGCUAGUGGACAAUGGCAUUCCAUAUGAAGAUGAACUUAUUCCUGUAUGGCGGAACGAAGAUGCCUGUGAAAAAUUUCGGAAAGGAGAAUUUAACCUAGAUGAUAUCAACAGUGGAUUGUUUCAACCAGAUUUCAGUAAAGAAUGGCUGGAGAAAAAGUCAAAGAUGCCAUAUGGACAAGUACCUGCGUUAGAAACGGAUGAUGGUCUAAAAAUUGCGCCAACGAAUGCUAUACUUCGUUAUCUUGCAAGAAAGUUUAAACUAUGUGGAUCAACUGAUGAACAAGCUACAGAGAUUGACAUGCUCUUCGAAUUUGAAAGUGAGCUCAGAGAAAGGAUGUAUAGCAUGAUCUAUUCUAACUUUUACAAUGGUAGCAGAGAAAAGCUGAGCAACAUUGUAAUGCCACGAGGACUGACGAUAUUAGAGGGAGAACUUAAGAAAAACAAGGGUGGAGUGGGAUUCCUUGUCGGAGAUGAAAUCACUUUUGUGGACUACAAAGUGGCUGAUUUGCUAGAUACGUGUAAGGCAGUUGACCCAAAAGCACUUGAUGCAUUCCCUGCAUUAAAUGGCUACUUUGAUAGAAUCAUUGCAAGACCAAAAAUUGCUGAACUAAGGGAGAAGGAGCCAUACAAAUCCAUGACCUUUGUGGGUGCAAAGUAUAUCUAAGAAAUCAUUAAGGACUAAUGUUGAAAUGAUUUCAACUGUUUUGCGCUGAAAAAUAUUCGCUAUACAAAGAUUUUUAAAAUACCAUAAUAGACUAAAUCAAUGUGGAAUUUAUCUUGAUUGCAAUCAUUAUAUAUUCAAAA